UGGGAAGGAAAGGUUGGGUUAAAUGCGGAAAUAAGACGCUCGCUGUGUAGGCUACAGUUGCAACCGGUGUGAGAGAAAAUAUGAGCACAAGACGCCUGCUAUCUCGGACAGCGCUUGAGAUCAGUCAUGGAUGAUUCUGAAAUCACCUAAUUUUCUACGACGCGUGGAACUGCUGAAGAAGUGUGCAUUCUAUCAAUAGCACAACAAAAACUACAAUCGGCUUUGUUUUGUUUUCGUCCAUUCUCUUUGUAAAUCUCUUGUUUUGAAAGCAUGUGGUUGAAUCCGGAGGAAGUUUUGCUGAAAAAUGCAUUGAAGCUUUGGGUUACCGAAAAAUCUAACGAAUUCUUCCUUUUGCAGCGCAGAAGAGGGCAUGGGGACACAGGGGGAAAAUUUACAGGUCUUCUGGUGGGAGCUCUGGACUCAGUGCUGGACUCCAAUGCCCGGGUCACACCGUUCCGUAUCCUACUACAGAUGCCUGGGUCACAGGUCAGCUGGACAAUAGCUUGUGGUGCUGCUGUCGGAGAGAUGAACAGGCAUUGGGACUGGCUGGUCCAGAACCUACUCCACUCUCUCUCAGUGUUUGAGAACAAGGAGGAUGUUGCCAGCUUCGUAAAAGGGAAAGUCAAGGGUCUGAUAGCGGAGGAGGUAAGGGGGAGGCAGGCGGCUCAGGAGGAGGAGCCUGAGAAGUUCCGGGAGGCGCUGCUGAAGUUUGAGCUAUGUUUCGGCCUGCCCUCCUCAGAGAAGCUGGUCACCACCUACUCCUGCUGCUGCUGGAAGGGGCGGGUCCCCCGGCAGGGCUGGCUCUACCUCAGCAUCAACCACAUGGCCUUCUACUCCUUCCUGUUGGGAAAGGAAGUGAAGUUUGUGAUCCCGUGGGCGGAGGUGACGAGGCUGGAGCGGGUCUCUACGGGUCUCAUGACGGACAUGGUGCGUGUGAUGACGCGGCGGUGCCAGUUGGACUUCUCCAUGUUCCUGAGCCUGGAUGAGGCGUUUGGGGUCAUUGGUCAGCUGGCAGACAUCGCCCUGCGACGCCUGCUGGACAGUGAAGGCCUGGAGCUGGACCGAGUCCUCCAGCAGUCCUCCAACAUCACCAAGAGGAAAAUGACCCAACACACCUCCAGGUUGUGUAAGGGCUAUUUGACCAAGAAGGAGAGUGAUGGAGUGCUGCAUCAGAUGACCUGGCCUCCACAAUCCCCCAACCUCAACCAAAUUGAGAUGGUUUGGGAUGAGUCUGACCACAGAGUGAUGGAAAAGCAGCCAGCAUAUGUGGGAACUUCUUCAAGACUGUUGGAAAAGGAUUCCAGGGUUCUGGAGGAGCAGGCGUUAAGGACGUAUGUCCUGGCUCUAUUUCGGCUACCACGGGGCGAACGUCUUCAGGAGGUGGCGCUGUGUUCAGUGUGGACGCCCCAUGCCCGCUGUCACACGACAGGAACACUCUUCACCACCGACAGCUACCUAUGCUUCGCCAGCCGAGAGGAGGGCCACUGCAGCCUGCUUAUCCCUCUCUCAGAGGUGAUCUCCAUAGAGAAGGCGGAGAGCACCAGCCUGCUGCCAAACCCAGUGAUCGUCAGCGUGAGGAGUAAGAAAGCCUUCCAGCUGAUCGAGCUGCAGGACAGAGACAGCCUGGUGGACGGCCUGACAUCACGCCUCAGAGCCCUCCAGUGGAAACACUCCAUGUUCCGCAGCAAGAAAUCUCUGACCUCCUCGUCUCCCUACUACACCUUCUGCUAUGACACCAUGUACUGUGACGGGGAGGAUAUCGAGGAGAGAGCACUACGUCAAACAGUGAACACAGAGGCUCUGAUGGCAUGCUACCAUCACUCUCAACCUGACCCCAACAACAGCACGGCUACCAUGGAGCAGGUGAAAGAGCGUCUAUGGGAGGACCACUUCCCGGAGUACGGUCGAGGCGUCCACAUGUUCCGCACAGAGAAGAUCCAGAAGCUGGUUGCCAUGGGGAUACCAGAGUCGCUACGGGGAGAGCUAUGGAUGACCUUCUCUGAUGCUUCAUCAGAGUUGGCAUCCCACCCAGGCUACUACUCGGGGCUGGUGACAGAGUCUAUGGGACAAAGCAGUCUGGCCACGGAGGAGAUCGAGAGAGACCUGCACCGCUCUCUGCCAGACCACCCCGCCUUCCAGAACGUCAAAGGCAUUGCCGCGUUGCGCCGUGUCCUCACCGCAUAUGCCCACCGCAACCCCAAGAUUGGCUACUGCCAGUCGAUGAAUAUCCUGGCAUCUGUGCUGCUGCUGUACACUAAAGAGGAGGAGGCCUUCUCACUGCUAGUGGCUGUGUGUGAGAGAAUGCUACCUGACUACUUCAACCGCAGAGUCAUAGGUGCUCAGGUGGACCAGUCAGUGUUUGAAGAGCUGAUCCGGGAUCGUCUUCCCGAGCUGGCCGAGCACAUUCCCGACCUCUCCCCCCUCUCUUCCAUCUCCCUGUCCUGGUUUCUCACCCUCUUCCUCAGCGUGCUUCCCUUCCGCAGCGCUGUCUGUGUGGUAGACUGCUUCUUCUUUCACGGCAUCAAAGCCAUCUUCCAGCUGGGGCUAGCUGUGCUGGAUGCUAACGCUACGGCACUGUGUGCGAGUGCAGAUGACAGCCAGGCACUCAUGAUCCUCACUGGUUUUCUGGACCAGGUGAAGUACGAUGAGGAUCCAUCUCCCCCUACCCCUCACCCUCUCUCGUCUCAGAGUGGGGAGGAGGAGGGCAGACCGCCUGUUAAACAACACACCCUGAUCACUGACCUCAUCGCUGACUCCUAUGAGAAAUUUGGAGACCUGACGGUGAGACAAAUAGAGAAGUUGCGAUGCAGACACCGGAUCCAGGUUCUCCAAGCACACGAGGACACCACCAAGGAGAAUGCGCUCAGGGUGGUGACCCCAGAUGUCUCUCUCUCCCCUGAAAACCUGGCUGAUGUCUACGACCUCUUCAAGACAGAGCACUUCAUCAACCUGUACUGGGGCGAUGGGGGCACCACAUUGGCCCUCCAGCACCAUGACCCAGGCCGGCCCUAUGUAGAGCAGUACAGAGUGGACCGGGUCCAGUUUAAGAGCCUGUACAUGCUGCUGGUUCCCUGGCUUUGUGGCUUUCAUACUGACACCGUGGCCCACCGGACCUUCACACUACUGGACCAGGACAGAGACUCACUCAUCACCUUCAGAGAGUUCGCUGGGUGGCUGGAUACGCUAUACUUUGAGGAACUGAAUGAAAAGGUCAGACUACUGUAUCGUUUGCACAUACCUCCAGCUCUGACUGAGAGUGAGGAUGACCCAUCUCCACUGAAGAGCCCUCAGCUGUCCACUACCAGACCACUCCAUGUAGAGCUGCCCAAUGCUCCUGAUGUGUGUGUUCAUGUUGAAGGGGAGAUGAGAGACUUUCAGGAACAGUUGAAACAGAUGUUGAAAGACCUGGCUAAAGAGAAGGAGAAGGAUGUGGAGCAACCUGUACCUCCAAUGAACCAGAGGGAGUUCAUCCAGUUCUGUAAGACCCUCUACAGCAUGUUCCAUGGCAACCCAGACGAGAAUGAGCUCUUUCAGGCCAUCGCUACAGUGACCAGCCUGGUGCUGCAGAUCGGCGAGGUCGGGCACCGCAGCCGCUGCACAGGGUCAGAGGUCAGCAGCGAGGGUGGGGCCGGGGACGAGAUAGAGGACGAUCACAGGGAGGGGAGUCAAGAAGACCAUCCCGUCUUCAGCACCGAAGAAGAAGAAGAAGAAGAAGAAGGAGAGAGAAAGGAGGGGACCAGCAAGAGUUCAGGGUCUGAGAGUCAGAGCGAGUGGGCGGUCAGCUACGCUCAGAUCCUGGCUUCUCUCCUCACAGAACAGCAGCUAGUCAACUUCUUUGAGAAACCGAUGGACCUGUCAGCAAAGGUGGCUGAGGCAAAAGUGAAACAGUACCAUGAAAGGGCUGGUCUGCUUAUGCUCCAGCAAGGGACCAGCUGAUUUCAACAUGACCAACAGAACCUUGAUGUGAGAACCACAAUGUGACCCAAUACUAGGCUUCCAAUCUAGUUUCUUAUCUAGCUGUCCAGGCACCUUUGUCCCCAAUAAGUGUUGUCUGUGUCCUCCGUCUUAAAAGGAUGAGUGGGUACCAAGAGUCCGUAUGUGCCUAUAUUGAGUCGUUGGUCGAGCACAAAGGAGAAGUAAUGUAGAUGUGUAGGUCUUCCUCUCCUGAUGUAGCCGUGAAGAAAGGUGUCCUUGUCUUUUGGGAUCAACAACUGUCUGAAAGCAGGUUAACCAAAACCAAGACAUGCAUGAUAAUCAAGAGACUAUAUGAUGCAUCAGUCAUAAUCAUAUAUACUACUGUGAGAACGUCACACACCAUGCACUACACAUAGCACCAUGAAAAGGGUUAUUUUUCGUUGCUCAGUAUUUAUACACACGUUUUCAUUCUGCUUCAUCCGGUCUAUGAAAUGGGAACAAACUCAAAUGUGCCCAGUUUUAGUGACAUUUUCCUUGACUUAACAUUGGCUGCCUGGUUGGUGAUACACUUGUUUGCCAUAUUGUUCAAUCAAGUAGAGCAGACAAGUGUUCUUUUCUGCCCAAAUAUGUUAUGCGUGUACGCCUGCAGUGUAUCAUUUUGGCAAGCUUUUUCAUUUUCCUUUUUUUAUAUGUAGCCCAAGGAGUCAAGAACUAUUAACUGCCAAAUGUUUGUCAUACAAUAAUGGACAUUGGAAUCUUGCUUUUAUGUGCGACACAUUAAAAAUGUGCACCUAUAUAUUUUGUCAAAUCACAUUCGUCACGGUUUACAGCAAGUAUAAAAGGUGCAGUGAAAUACUUGUGCUAGCUCCUCAACAAUGCAGUACAUUAAUCAAUAGUGUUUAUCCUGUAUUGAUUGAAUGAUUUUGUUCUUUAAGAAGUCUUAUUUUAGGUUUUCCAAAACUGUUUGAGCCUUAUUAUUCUACCAAGCAUAUUUCUUCAUUCAAGCCUUAAGUCUAAGUGACCAGUAUUAUGUUAUAGACUAAAGUCCUACACACUUUCUUAAGAUCAGUUGAUACUUAACAAACGGAACUGCUGUGCCUCAGAUUUAGUUGAAUAAGUCUUCUAUAUAGAGAACUUGAUUUUUCCAUUUCAAAUCAGUGGUGGUGUUAAAUUGAGGUUUUGGUUAUUCCAGAACCAGUCUGAUGCCUUCUAAUUGCCUACAGAUGCACCUUGAUGUUAUUCGUAGUGCACACUCACAACUUCACUUGAUGUGCAUUAUCACAAAUCAGGCCAUUUAUCACUUCUUUAACGUGUCUGCUGCAAAAUAUCAGACAUGGUUUGUUUGUAAAUCAUUAAAAACAAUGUUGCA